CAGGCCAAAACCUGGACCCAGCAGCCUCACUGCUCUAUUUUCCAUUGCUCUAGAGAGACUGGCAGCAUUGUGACAGCAGUGGUGGGAAAUGCCUUGAACCCUGGUCCUGGUUUGGCAUUUUUGGCCUAUCCUCAAGCUGUCACACAGCUUCCCAUGUCUUCACUCUGGGCUAUUCUCUUCUUCUCAAUGCUCAUGAUGCUGGGGUUGGACAGUCAGUUUUGUACAGUGGAAGGCUUCAUCACUGCUUUAAUGGAUGAAUAUCCUACAGUCCUAAGGAAGAGAAAAAAAAUCUUCAUCCUAAUUGUCUGCCUUGUGUCAUUCAUCAUUGGAUUCUCCAACAUUACCCAGGGUGGCUUAUAUGUGUUUAAACUGUUCGACUACUACUCAGCCAGUGGAAUGUGUCUUCUUUUCCUGGUCUUCUUUGAGACAAUCUCCAUUGCUUGGUUUUAUGGUGCAGAGAAGUUUUAUAAAAAUAUUGAAGAGAUGAUUGGUUAUAGGCCUUGUGGCUUUUGGAAACAAUGCUGGAUUUACUUUACUCCAACCAUUUGUUUGGGUGUUUUUACGUUCAGUGCCAUAGAAAUGACUCCGCUGACACUGGGGAAGUAUGUGUACCCAGCCUGGGGUCAGGGAGUUGGCUGGCUAAUGUCCCUUUCUUCAAUGGUACUGAUACCCGGUUAUAUAAUCUACAUGUUCUUCUCUACCAAAGGCAACAUCCGACAGCGGUGGCACAAGAUGACUAAACCUACCGAGCUCACAACCUCAGAUGUCAAUGAUCUCACACAUACAGGGAUUAUGGAUGAAGCUUCUGUCUGACAUCACUCUUUCCUGUUAAAUGACCUUUAAAUACCAAUUGCAAAACAAUACCCCUCUAUUUAUUUUUUUUAAAUCAAAGAGUACACUGAAAUGGGCUAUGUGUUUGUAAGUCUGUUUUCCUAAUUUCUUUCUGCACAUUCAUUCCUGUAAUAAGAGUGGGCUGCAGUACAUUUGUGGAUAAAUUAAUUGCAUCUAAACAAAUUGUUACAUUCCUGUGUUAUUUUCACAGAAAUUCUGUUUCUCACAGAAUUUAGACCAGGAUGAGGAAUAAAGGCUUUUCUUUAGACUAUUACUCUCAGUUUGAGCAAAUGUGAUAUAUUGCAGUGGCUUAUUUGAAGGCCACACAUGUUUAUUCUUUGUACAACAUAUAAAACUAAAUGAAACCCA